GUGCUGAACUGGGAAACUACAUCUGCAAAAGCGCUAAUCUAUCACUUCCGGUUCGUCUUCAACCAACGAAAUGGCGGACAUUAACGAACUGUUCGGGAGUGAUGGGGACAGUGACAACGAACAAAGAGUGGUCUCAGCAGUGGCGUCUGGCUCUGGUUCAGGUUCUGAAUCUGAGCCGGAGAUGCCCAGGUCCCGUUCCCAUAGUAACGCCUCCGGCAGCGACAGCGGGAGAGAUGAUGAUGGACAAGACGGGGGAAAGCCCAACACCAAGGAGCUGUUUGGGGAUGACAGUGAAGAGGAACGCCAUAGCGACAACCAAUCAAACCUGUCAGAACACUCAGGAAACCAGUCGGACGCCAGCAUGCACUCGGAGCCCGAGGACAAUGAUCAGUCAGACGCGGAGCAGCACAGUGGGUCGGAGAGAGGGCACCGGGAGGAAGAGGAGGAAGAUGGAGAUCGAAGGUCAGAGGCAGGCAGUCCAGUAUCGGGGGCGGGGAGCCCCAGGUCUGGGAGGGGCAGUGCUCGCUCUGAGAAGAGUAUCCAUAGCGACCCCGGCACCCCCCAUUCGGUGCCCGGCACCCCCCACUCGGCCCCCCAGUCUGUUCCCGGCACCCCCCAGUCUGUUCCCGGCACCCCCUGUCAGACCCCGGCCCCCCUGUCAGACCCCGGCACCCCCCUGUCAGACCCCGGCACCCCCCACUCAGGGCCAGGCACCCCCCAGUCAGGGCCCGGAACCCCCCACUCAGAUGGGGAGGGGUCAGGCAAGGAGAACCAAUCAGAUGAUGAAAAGUGGGGAGGAGGGGCUAAGAGUGACCAAUCAGAGGAGGAGGAGGAGGAGGAGAAGAAGCGGCACCAAUCGGACGAAGAGCGAGAGAUUUCUGAUGAGGGCGGGGCGGGGCACCGGAGCAGGAAGAAGUCAGAGUCUGCGAAGGGCAGUGACAGCGAGGAUGACUUCGUCGGACGGAAGAACAAGAAGAUGGCGUCUGCCUCAGACUCUGACAGCGAUGUUGGAGCCAAGAAGAAGAUGGCGUCUGCCUCAGACUCUGACAGCGACGUUGGAGCCAAGAAGAAGAUGGCGUCUGCCUCAGACUCUGACAGCGACGUUGGAGCCAAGAAGAAGUUGGCGGCUUCUGCCUCAGACUCUGACAGCGACGUUGGAGCCAAGAAGAAGGGAAAAGGUAAGAAGCCAGCAGCAGACGACCUGUUUGGAGAGGCAGACGACAUCUCAUCAGACAGUGAUGCUGAGAAACCCCCCACUCCAGGACAACCCCUGGACCAAGAGGAUGGUAUGGAAGGGGAGCAGGCUGAGGAGGAGCCCGUCCCAGAGACUCGUAUCGAGGUAGAGAUUCCUAAAGUCAGCACUGAUCUAGGAUCAGAUCUCUACUUCGUCAAACUACCCAACUUCCUCUCUGUUGAGCCCAGACCCUUUGACUCCCAGUACUAUGAAGAUGAGUUUGAGGAUGAGGAGAUGUUGGAUGAAGAGGGGCGGACCAGGCUCAAACUGAAGGUGGAGAAUACUAUCCGGUGGAGAGCCAAGAAAGACGAGGAGAUGAACGAGAGCAGAGAGAGUAAUGCCCGCAUCGUCAAGUGGUCUGACGGCAGCAUGUCUCUCCACCUGGGUAACGAGGUGUUUGAUGUGUAUAAAGCUCCUCUCCAAGGAGACCACAACCACCUGUUCAUCAGACAAGGGACUGGACUACAGGGACAGGCUGUGUUCAAGACCAAACUCACCUUCAGACCCCACUCAACAGACAGCGCCACCCACAGGAAGAUGACCCUCUCUCUGGCUGACCGCUGCUCUAAGACCCAGAAGAUUAGAAUACUGCCCAUGGCUGGACGAGACCCUGAGUCUCAACGCAACGAGAUGAUCAAGAAAGAGGAGGAGCGUCUGCGUGCGUCUAUCCGCCGUGAGGGCCAACAGCGGCGGAUGAGAGAGAAGCAGCACCAACGAGGUCUGAGCGCCGGUUACCUGGAGCCUGAUCGCUAUGACGACGAUGAGGAGGGGGACGAGUCGGUCAGCCUGGCCGCCAUCAAGAGCAAAUACAAAGGAGGAGGAGGAGGACUGAGGGAGGAGCGUGCUAGGAUCUACUCGUCUGACAGUGAUGAGGGUUCUGAUGAUGAUAAAGCCCAGAGACUGCUCAAGGCCAAGAAACUAGACUCUGAUGAGGAAGGGGAGAGUUCAGGGAAGAGGAAGGCUGAGGAGGAUGACGAGGAGGAGGUGGAACCCAAGAAGGCAAAGAAAUACGUCAUCAGCGAUGAAGAGGAGGAGGAAGAUGAUGAUGAAUGAUGUCAUUUUUUUUAUCAUACCACUGUAUUAUCAGUGUUUUGUUAUAUCCAAUGCGUCGCGAUGUAGACCUAAACGUUUCAUUUGUAGUUUGUAUAUUUUCUAAUGAUGACUGUGUGUGAGAGAGAGAGAGAGAGAGAGAGAGCUCUGUACAGCUGUAGGAAUAAAGAGAAGAUGAACUAGGUGUUUAUCUCAAUGACCAAA